CUCUGACGUCGCUCUGCAUCAUGCUGGUGCUGAGGAGAGAAUAUAGGACACCAGAAGGAGAAGAGGAGGAGGAGCGGAUCUGCAGCCCAGUCAGAUCAGCAGGAAGCUGCAGCAGCAUCGUCUCAUCAGGAUGAGUUCUGAAUUGCUGUGAGGUGCUUCGUCUCUGUGCAUAUUUGAUCAACUCCGCUGCAUUAGCUCAUAUUCCAGUGAGGACAUGGAUGCUUUCAGGCUGCCUCCUCUGAUCGAAGAGCUCCUGGACUCCACUGAAGACCUGAGUGACCUGAAGGAGGAGAAGCCCAGUGUGUUGGAGGUUAGCCUGAAAGAUGAGAAGGAGAACCGUGAUAAAGAGAUCAUGGCAGCGGAGAAGGGUCAGUAUGAAGAAGAAAAAGAGGUCCUGAAGGAGGAGGAGGAGGAGAAGCAUGGACAAGAAGGAGAGGACAAUAAGGAGAAGGAGCUGGAGGAGAUGAGGACACAGAUGCUGCAACUGCUGCAGGAUCUGGAGGACACCAGAGAGGUUUCUCAAAAACACGAAGAAAGUAUGCUGGAGCUGCAAGGGAUGCUGGAGGAGGAGCGGCUGGCGAGCGCCCACCAGGCUGAGAGCUUUACACGCCAGAUCCAGAGGCUACAAGCUCAGCUGCGCUCCGUCCAGGAGGAAAUGGAUAGCCUAGAAGAGGAGAAGGAGAGUGAGCUGGAGGAGGCACAAGAGGAGCUUCGCUCAGCUCAGGAGGAGGUGCUGGCCUUGCAGCAGGCGGCUGAGGAGGAAGCUGCAGAGAGGGAGAACGACAUAGCCUCCCUCCAAGAGGAGCUCUGUCGCCUGCGGGCAGAGUUGCAGCGUCUCCAUGCCACGACGCAGGAGUAUGAGCUGGAGGUGACAACGUUGAGGGCGGAGAUCCUGAUGAAGAGCAGAAACACAGACACCUACGAGGCGUUGAACAAGUUAACCGAUGAGUUUGUUUCUCUGAGCAACGAACGUCAGUCACUGGCAGAUGACAACGAACAUUUGAACAUGAAAGUGGACCAACUGCAGCAGAAGCAAGCAGACCUGAGUGAGGAUGUGUAUCUGGCAGUCAGGGCGGCAGGUGACACUCAUGCCCAGAGAGGCCAGGGCAUGGGAGAUGCCUAUAUCACUCUGUCCGAACAUCCAGACUCCAUUGAGGACCAGGAGUCCUCCUUGUGUGUUGAACUUGACAACCUGAAGGUUCAGCUUCAGCGAGCUGAGGAAAAAGCCCAUGAAGUUCAGAAACAGUGUGAUGGUCUCAAGGGCGAGCUGGUCGACCUGCAGCAGCAGUAUGACUCCAGUCAGCGAGAGCGAGAGGCUUUGGCUCAGGAACUCCAGCAAUGCCAGGCUGAGCUGCGGAAGCUUCUGGAAAGGGGAACUCAGCAGCCCCCUGUCCUCUCCGCCCCCUUCAUAGGGAUCAUUGUUAUAGUGGCCUUGAUUUGGUGCUGGUGGGAGGAGCUGGCAUCCUAAAGGGACCAGACCAACCUCGGAGGCUGGAACCUGGCAGUGGCAGCAGUAGCAGCGGCUGCCAUCAUAGUUUUAGUCGCUAUGAGGGCCUGAAGGAUUCCUCAGACAGGGAGUGACCUGAUGGUGACCUUUGGAAAUGUAGGAUUGUCAUCUUCGGUUGGGCGCUGAUCUCAUUCGUGUCUCGAUGUCUGCUCACCACAUUUCUCUUUUGGGGGUGGCCAUUGUCGUCGCAGUAUCACUGGAGAGAAGGUUGUCUGGAGCCGGUCCUAAGAUUAUUGAUCAUAUCUUCAGACCACAAUACUGUUGGAGAUUAGUGGACAGUUGUUGACGGAGGACUCCUCACUUAAACUGUAAAGUGGAGAGCUGGAAUUGUUCUUAAAUGUUCAAAUUCUGAACGCUUCAACUGUCAUUUGAAACAAUUAGCGGUCUCAUAUAUAUAUAUGACACUACGGUGGCCCGGAAGUCGCACAGAAAAUGCAAAACGCCGCAACAAUUGAAAACACCGAAACACAACAUUUACCCACAAGUUGUUGUGUUGUAGCGUUUGCUUUUGUUGCGGCUCUUGCAGAUGUGUUGUGAGUUAAUGAUGUAGUGUUGUGGCAUAUUCAUUUGUGGUGGCUUUUGCAUUUGCUGUGAGCUUUCCCGGCCACCGUAUAGACCAGAUCUUGGUUUCAAUAAGACUUACUGUAUUUUUGAUAUGAUCCGAAAUCUCCCAUGAAAUUUAAAUACUGUUGGAGAAGCCUCCCAGUUGUCAACACUGCAACUCAGGCAGAAAUUUGUAGGAUUCAGUCUUCACCACAAGAGGGCAGGACAAACUCAUACGUACGGUCAAAUAAAUAGUUGAAAAAAAAAAUGCAAAUUAACAUCAACAUGAACAUCAACUUGUAAAUACUGAAUGUUGAUUUGACAUGUCAAUGAUGAUUAUUUUCUUAAUUAUGUUAUUUUUUUCUGUAAAUGUGAGCGUGAUAGCAAAUUUCCACUUUAAAAUAUAGCUUUUCAAGAACAUCACAGACAGGAGGACAAUAUAAAAGGUUUUCCACAAAUGUAUAUUUGAAUCCUGUACAUUAAAAUCAUAAUUAUGUUUGCAAAUUAUUGCUCAGAAGUACAACAGAAAUAUAAAAAAGUUAAUGCACUCAGAUUUCUUUAUAUUCUGCAUUCAUAUUGUUAUGGUGGUAUAGUGAAUCCAUGCUCAUGAAUUCAUCUUUGGGGCCACAAAUGGACAGAUUUUCCUGUUUCAUCACACAAAACCUCAUAGGAAAAUACAGUAUGAUGCUAACUUUUGAUUAUACAUUCAUUCACAGAGAGGAAUAUAUUUAAUGUGAUGCAAAAAUAAGAAGCCCUGUAUAUGACCAAGAAAACAUAUUUAAUUGAGUUGUUUUUAUCAUUUUGUAUUAAAUAUUAUUUUUUACAAAGCAAGCUAUUUUGCUAUCUUGUUUAUGUUUUGCAGAGUAUUUAUUAUUAUUAUUAUUAUUAUUAUUAUUAUUAUUAUUAUUAUUAUUAUUAUUAUCAUUAUUAGUAACAAUAAUAAUAAUAAUAAUAAUAUGGUUUUAUCUCUGAUUUGUGUUGACAUCUGAAAAGCAAUCAAAUAAUAACAGGUUUAUUAUCUAGAAAUGACUGUGAUUCUGUUUUAGCUUUAAUGUGCUAGUUUGCACUCCAAAUAAUCACCAUUUUUAAUCAUUUUUCAUGUCAAUGAAAGGCCUUCUUUCAGAGUGAUCUUAAACACUGUGUAACGAAUUUAAAAGAUGAUCCUACACUCUGGAAAUUCAUGUAGAUGAAGCGCAACAGGUAGUGAUAUUGUCAACUAGAGUAUAGUUAUAUGAAUUUUGUAAAUAAUUGUUUCAGUUGAACACUAGAUAUAGUAUUGUAAAGCGCACGCAGGAUCAUUUUAUGAACUAUCCUCGCCCUAUUAGAAUUGGUCAGAAAGGACAGGACAACAUACUAAAAUUACUCAGGUAUUGUCAAAUGAUGUCUUGAAUUUUUAAAAAAAGAAAGAGAUACUGCCCUUUAGAUAAAAUCGUUAUACUUAAUGUUUCGAAACACCUCACAAAUCAUCAAAAUCAUAAUGUUUGUGUACAAUGUUGUUAUUUAUUUAUAAAAAAAAAAAUCAGUUCAUUUGGUCUGUGUUUUCUUUUUUUUUUAGAGCCAAUAGUGGCGUUAAUUCUCCAUGUUUGUGACCGGAGACAAGUGAUUUCUUGACUGUCUCUGAUAGUCAAGAGGAUUUGGAAUUUCAUUUCAUUUCUUUUCUGCAGCUGUCUUACUGACUUGCCUGUGACGAUCUUACAACCCAAGAUUCUGGCUUGGAUUAGCAUGAGCAGCUUUCCUCACAGACAUAUCAGUGUAAGCAUGAGCUUCCAGCACUGUUUUACUGCAAUGACUGUUGAAUGACUUCUAGUUGAUGUAAUUUAACAACAUGCUAAGCUAAGCCAAGCUAAACCACAAUAUAUAGUCAUCAACAAAUGAGUAAAAAACAUCUACUAUCAUGCGACUAUUUGAAUCGUACUCCUAGUUUCCUCUCAUUUUCUUUGAUUCUUUUAAUCUUGUGUUUCUUUUUUUUUUUUGCUUGACUUUAACAGUCUCAAUAUCUUGAUCUUUUUUUUUUUAAUCCAUCCAGCUUUCCCCUUCCUCUUGUUCCUCUCUUUCUUCUGCUAUUUAAUCUGUAUUACCUGUACCAUUGGCUGCUUCAUUUCGCUCAGAUGCUUCAUUAUCAGUGCUUCUGUUUUUAUGCCAUUUCAUUUCUUCGCUCUCUUUGCACUUUAAUUGUAUUGGCAGUUUAUCCUUGAGUGGACUCGACAGAUUUUCUCGUACCAAACAGUUUUCAUGUAAACCAGCUGCUGUGUCUGAUCAAACAUUUGCCAGAUGUCUGUUUCCUUCUUUGGGGGGUAGCCAGCAUGGUUUCAAUUCCAAGUGUUGAGGCAAUAAAACACCCUCAACAGAGUGUAAAUGAACAAAUAAACUUCU